GGGAGGGAGGGAAAGAGCCGUCAGGGUGCGAAAAUGAAUCAAUAAGCGAAGAAAAGAGAGGGGGGAAGGAGGAGGAGAAGAAGAAGAAGGGGAAAAAAAUCACAAGAAAGCCCAGAAUCUCAACCGCGCCACGGAAAGUUAAUCAAUAAACUAAUUAACUGCUUGCAAGCUUUGUAAUUGUUUGAUCAGAAGAAUUAGAAUGAGGGUCUGGGGGCAGCCCACGACCCUAGGAUAAGGCCGAAUCGUAGAACUCUUUGCAUUAUUUUUAAAAGAAGAAUUGUGAUUUUAUUUUUAUCUUUUCAAUAGGAAUUUUAUUGUAUUUUUUUGCACCCGUGGGGGAAAAAGGAAAGGAAAUCUUUCUGUCCCUCUCUUUCUCGUCCCCCUACCACACUUCCUCAUCCUCUUUUUUAAAAAAGAAAAUAAUAAUAAUUGAAGGAUUUGGGAGAGAAGCGAGGCAGACGGAAAUGCCGUUCAAUUAAAGCGAGAUUGGAGGGAAAUUUUGUCUCCCAAACUGCUGGCGGCUUUUGAUCUCUUUGUUUCCACGCACACCACGAAGAAGACGACCAAGUCCAGCUUGGGAUUUUCUGCUCUUUUUUCCCCUUUUCCUUUUUUUCUUUGUUUUGUUCCGGCGUGGUCCCCCCCCCCCUUUCCUUCCUUUAUUAUUUUUUUCCCCUUUUUGGUGAACAUUCUGAAUUCGAGGCUCGCUCCAGCUUGCUCCUUUUUGAACCAAUGAAGGAACCAGACGCCAUCAAACUUUUCAUUGGACAAAUCCCCCGGAAUUUAGAGGAGAAGGACCUUAAGCCUAUCUUCGAGCAGUUCGGCAAAAUCUACGAGUUGACAGUCAUUAAGGAUAAAUACACCGGCAUGCAUAAAGGAUGCGCCUUCCUGACCUACUGCGCCCGCGAGUCAGCUCUCAAGGCCCAAAGUGCUCUUCACGAGCAGAAGACGCUACCCGGGGUAAGUUGUUUGCGGCAUUUGCGCUUCACCUCGCCGUCCGUCCCCUAUGCACACACACAAACACACCUUCCUGGUCACCUGCCGUGAAAACUGUUAAUGCACGACUCUCUCUCUCUCUUUCUCUGUCUGUCUCUCUUGCAAAUAACCACAUGGUCGUUUCUCUCUUUGUGGAGCCAGUUGGGGAAUGGACUCUCCUGAGAUUUCGCCCCUGCAUUCAGGCUCAGUUGUCUCCCUCGAAAGACAACUCAAACCCUCUCUCUUUCCCUCACUCUCUCACACACAAAGACCUCUUCGCUUAGACAAGGAGAGGUUCUGCGGGAGUGCUGCCCUUAGAAAUCAUGCCUUUGUUUGGUUGCGGUUUAAGUUAUAAAAUCAGUUAGUUGCCUGUUACCUUGUAUAUACAUUAGUCUGAAUC